UGGAGAAGGUGACCAGGCUUGACUGGGCAGGGAAAGACUGGAUUGGGUUUGGGUGCAUUGUACUGGGCUGGUUGGAACUGGACUAUACUGGGAUGCUUCAGAGCAGGUUGGUCUGGGCUCCACUAGGCUGAGCUGGGCUAAACUGGACUGGACCAGGCUGGACUGGGCUGGACUGGGCUACACUGGGCUGUCCCAGCCGGGUGGGUGGUGCUGCCGCUGUCUCCCCGUGCAAGGGGCUGGGGCUCUGCAGCAGCGCGGGGGGCUUGGCUCUCCCCAGGGCCCAUGGAGGAGUCGGACGAGGAUGGGGAGGACAACGAGGAGUUCCUGGAGCGGCUGAUGGUGCAGACGGGCCGCGAGGUGCCGCAGCAGGAGCUGGAGGAGCACUACGCUGUGCUGGAGGAGCUGGGCAGCGGGACCUACGGCCGCGUGGUGCUGACGGAGCCCCGGGAUGGUGGCUCGCCGGUGGUCCUCAAGCUGAUACUGAAGGAGCAGACGGAGCGGCGGGCGUUCCUGCGGGAGUAUUGCAUCGCCCUGUGCCUCUCCAGCCAUGCCGCCUGCCUGCGCGCCCUGCCCAUCGCCUUCGAGACAGCCACACACUUCGCUUUUGGGCAGGAGCUCGCUCCCGCCGGGGAUCUGUGUGCUCUGCUCAACCCGGGGGAGGGCCUGGCGGAGGAGCUGGUGAAGCGCUGCGCAUCCCAACUGGCCGAGGCGCUGGACUUCAUGCACAGCCGUGCCCUGGUGCACCGGGAUGUCAAGCUGGACAACGUGCUGCUCUUCGACCGCGAGUGCCGGCGGGUGAAGCUUGGAGACUUCGGGCUCACCCGCGUGCAGGGCUCAGCAGUGGGUGCCAUGUCUGGCACCCUGCCCUACACCCCGCCGGAGCUCUGCCUGCUGCAGGGCUCUGACACACUGGAGCUGGACUCCAGCCUGGACGUCUGGGCCUUUGCCGUUCUGCUCUUCUGCCUCUGCACUGGCUGCUUCCCCUGGGCUGUGGCCACCAGCUCUGACCCCCAGUUUGAGGACUUCAGUGCCUGGCAGGGCGGCGUGGCGGGGCGGGGGGUGCCGGCGUCCUGGCAAGGAUUCGGCUCUGGGGCACUGGAGAUGCUUCGGCGCUUGCUGACACUAGACCCCGACCGCCGGAGCCCAGCCAUCGAGGUGCAAAAAUACUUGUCCCUGCCCUGGGUGACGGCCCCCAGCACCAGGGAGCCAACACCAAGCAGCUCCCGGUCCCCCCUUACCAGUGGCACAGGGGAGAGCCUGGGGGGCACUGGGGGAUGGGGUGCUGCUGGUGGGGGAGGCGAGGUUCCCAUGCUCCCCACUAAUGCCCUGGCCCCGUGCCGGUAGCCAGCACCUCCUCUCCAUCCCGGGGCUGGUGUCGUGGUGGGCAGUCCCCGGGGGUCUGGGCUCCCUGUCUGAUGCCUGAGGCUUGUGGGGCUAGAAAUGGGCUGCAAGCGCAGGAAGGAGAAGCGAUACCUCGGGCAGCACUUGGAGACCCCAGCCCUGCAGCUGGAUGCCCAGCACCUUGCAAAUCGAUGUCACUCAGCAGUGGUGACAACAGUCCACCGGAGCAGCGUUGCACAGCUCUGAGAUACACAAGGGAAACCCAAGGCAGAAGCAGCCCACAGGAUGACAGAGAGGAAAAGGAGGAGAGCAAGCAACUAAUUAGAAAUUAAAGCUGUUAAGGCUGAUGCAAGACCUUGGCAGAGGCAAAUUGUGAAAUUGCUCAGCAGAGGAACCCAGAAAUGCAUCUGACCUUGACCUUGACCUCCUUCUUGCACCUUUGGGAUGAGGAGGUUGUCACAUUAGGGAAGAUGCUAAACAGCCUCCCUGGGGGGUAACUGAUGUAAUUAGGUAGAGGUGCUAAACAGAUUCCUGGGGGGUUAAGGAGCUAGAGAAACAAGUGUAAGCCCUCAAGGCAUGCAGCUGAACUGGGGUGUGAUGGGGCUGGGAGGAACUGCCAAGUGGAUCUCUAGGACUUGAGUUAAAACCAGACAAACCUGGGAUCUGGCUCUGUCUGAACAAUAACACGGGCAGCGUGAUUUGCACCCUUAAGGGCUGGAUGUGGCUUGGCUGAUAUUGCAAAAGGCUAAAGAGACACAGCGAGAGGGCAAACUGGGACGGCUCUGAGUGUGCAGGAGGGAACAUGAAAAUCAGCUUCAACAGCUGCAAAUACUCUCCAUCUUCAACAAGGAAGGGACUAGACAGACUCUGGAGAGAGUUUGUGGGGUGAGCUCAAGGUUUGGAGGCUGGACAAACACCUGCCCAGGCUCAACCAUCCGUCUGGUCCCCACUGGUUUUCCCAUCAGCCAGCUGGGAGGAGAGCAGCGGGGAGGAGAGCAGCAGGGUCCCAUGAACUUUGGUACCUAACCUUGGUGCCUCACCAUGCCCGGGCAGGGCUCUGCCUGCUUGGGAGCGCAGUCCUGUGAAUCUCUGCACCCCUUUGAGCAGUCUGCACCUCAGUUUUAGGAUAUGGGGCUCCUGGAGCUUCCUCCUGGGGCCCCUCCACGUUCUGCCUGGUGAGCUUGUGCCCACCCCACCCCAGGGACCCCCAGCUGGGGGAAGCUGCUCUGCUAUCGGCAGAGGAUCCAUCUCCUGCAUUGCCAACCCUGGUGCAAAGUGGAAGGAGAGGGAAAAAAUUAGCUGAGAUGACAGAAUCACAGAAUGGUAGGUGUGGUAGGGACCUUCGGAGACCAUCUAGUCCAACCCCCUGCCAAAGCAGGUUCACCGAGAGCAGGUUGGACAGGAACGCAUCCAGGUGGGUUUGGAAGAUCUCCAGAGAAAGAGACUCCACCACCUCUCUGGGCAGCCUGUUCCAGGGCCCUGCGACCCUCAAAGUAAAGAAGUUCCUCCUCAUGUUGAGAUGGAACUUUCUGUGUUCCAAUUUGUGUCUGUUGCCCCUUGUCCUGUCGCUGGGCACCACUGAAAAGACCCUGGCCCCAUCCUCCUGACACCCGCCCUUUAGAUAUUGAUAAGCAUUGAUGAAAUCCUCUCUCAGUCUUCUCUUCUCCAGGCUAAACACACACACAGGUCUCUCAGCCUUUGUCAUCAGAGAGGUGCUCCAUCCCCUUGAUCAUCUUUUGUAGCCUCUGCUGGACUCUCUCCGAUAGUUCUCUGUCCUUCUUGAACUUGAGGAGGGGGGACAGAACCAAACACAGUACUCCAGAUGUGUCUUUAACCAGUUGAGGAGGGAAAUGACCUCCCUUGACUUGUUGGCCACUCUCUUUUUAAUGCACCCCAGGAGACCAUUGGCCUUCUUGGCCAUGAGGGCACAUUGCUGCCUCAUGGUCAACUUGUUGUCCACCAGGACUCCCAGGUCCCUCUCUGCUGAAGCUUAAUAAAAUUCUCUGUUAUUUUG